UGAAAAAAAAAUUAGCGAAAUGAAAGGAUAUCUACUAAAAUUGGUUAGGUUUAGUUUAAAAUAUAUUACAAAAUGAAUUACUGAAUAAAGUUGACCCAAAAGAGAUGGGAGCAUUUAUUAUAUAACUUUAUUCAAAUAAAAGAUAAUGAGAUGAUAUAAAGCUUAAAUAAUAAAGAACUAAAUAAGGAAGAAAAAUGAGCAAAAAUUUUGUAAUUACCCACCUCCUACUGAGAUUUCCUUCAAACCCACUUUUCUCUUGUUUCCGAUGUCAAAUAAUUUUCCCUGCUCGAAAAAUUCAAGUUGGGAUACCGCUAAAAACUCAUCAAUUGUUUUACAAAUUCGCCUUACCAGUUUGA